CCCCGCCUUCCCUUCCCUCCGCCCACCUCCCCGAAGCUGAGCCGCCGUCGCCAGCAGCGCCGUCAUGUCGGCCCCCGCCGGGUCCCCUCACCCGGCCGCCAGCGCCCGGAUCCCGCCCAAGUUCGGCGGAGCCGCCGCCUCAGGAGCCGCCGCGUCCGCGGGCCCGGGCUCCGCACCGCACCAGCAGAAUGGUCCAGCCCAGAAUCAAAUGCAGGUUCCAUCUGGAUAUGGAUUGCAUCAUCAAAACUAUGUUGCUCCCUCAGGACAUUACUCUCAAGGACCUGGGAAAAUGAUCUCAUUACCAUUGGAUACCCAGUGUGGUGAUUACUACUCUGCUCUCUAUACAGUACCCACACAAAAUGUGACUCCUAGCACAGCGAACCAACAGCCAGGAGCACAGCAGAUGUACAGCAGGGGUCCUCCUGCCCCUCAUAUUGUGGGAUCCACUCCAGGAUCUUUUCAAGGUGCUGCAUCAUCAGCAUCCCAUUUGCAUACGAGUGCCUCCCAACCAUACUCCUCUUUUGUGAAUCACUACAAUAGUCCAGCCAUGUACUCUGCCAACACUUCUGUUGCUUCUCAGGGAUUUCCCUCUACUUGUGGUCAUUAUGCUAUGUCAACUGUUUCUAAUACUGCGUAUCCUAGUGUUUCAUAUCCCUCUCUGCCUGCUGGUGAUACAUAUGGGCAAAUGUUUACCUCACAGAAUGCUCCGACUGUUAGGCCAGUUAAAGAUAAUUCAUUCUCUGGUCAAAAUACAGCUGUCAGCCAUCCAUCACCACUUCCACCUCCACCAUCACAACAGCACCACCAGCAGCAAAGUCUUUCAGGAUACAAUACUCUGACGUGGUCAGCUCCAGGCCUUCCAUCGACUCAAGACAAUCUCAUCCGAAACCACACAGGAUCUCUGGCUAUAGUGAACAACAACCCAACAGUUACUGAUUCUUUAUCCUGUCCUGUUAUGCAAAAUGUUCAGUCUCCCAAGUCCAGCCCAGUAGUUUCCACUAUUUUAUCAGGAUCCUCAUCAACAAGAACACCUCCCACUGCAAAUCACCCAGUUGAGCCUGUGACCUCAGUUACACAGCCAUCAGAGCUAUUACAACAGAAAGGCAUGCAGUAUGGUGAAUAUGUUAAUAACCAAGCUAGCUCCGCACCAACUCCCUUGUCAUCAACUUCCGAUGAUGAGGAAGAGGAGGAGGAGGAUGAGGAAGCAGGUGUUGACAGCUCUUCUACCACAAGCAGUGCUUCUCCAAUGCCUAACAGUUAUGAUGCCUUGGAAGGAGGCAGUUACCCAGAUAUGCUUUCUUCAUCAGCAAGCAGUCCUGCUCCUGAUCCUGCCCAUGAACCUGAUCCUGCUCCUGCUCCUGCUCCAGCUUCAGCUCCAGCUCCUGCCCUUCCUCAGCCUUCGAAAAUGGCUAAGCCUUUUGGCUAUGGCUAUCCAGCGCUUCAGCCUGGUUAUCAGAAUGCUACAGCACCACUUACUUCUGGGGUACAGCCCAGUAACCCAGUAUAUUCUGGAUUCCAGCAGUAUCCUCAACACUAUCCUGGUGUGAACCAGCUGUCCUCCAGUCUAGGAGGAUUGAGUCUUCAGAGUUCUCCACAACCAGAAAGCCUGAGACCUGUAAACCUCACUCAGGAGAGGAAUGUUUUACCCAUGACUCCUGUUUGGGCUCCUGUACCUAACUUGAAUGCAGAUCUCAAAAAAUUGAACUGUAGCCCAGAUUCAUUUCGAUGUACUUUGACAAAUAUUCCACAGACACAGGCUUUACUGAAUAAAGCUAAGCUUCCUUUAGGAUUGUUGUUACAUCCGUUCAGAGACCUAACGCAAUUACCAGUGAUAACAUCAAAUACCAUUGUGAGGUGCCGAUCUUGUCGAACAUAUAUUAACCCCUUUGUAUCCUUCAUUGAUCAACGUAGAUGGAAAUGCAAUUUGUGCUAUAGAGUUAAUGAUGUUCCUGAAGAAUUUAUGUAUAACCCCCUAACCCGAUCUUAUGGAGAGCCUCAUAAACGACCAGAAGUUCAGAAUUCAACUGUGGAGUUCAUUGCUUCUUCAGAUUACAUGCUGCGUCCUCCUCAACCUGCAGUUUACUUGUUUGUUUUAGAUGUGUCUCAUAAUGCAGUGGAAGCUGGAUAUUUGACAAUUUUGUGCCAGUCACUCUUAGAAAAUCUAGACAAGCUUCCUGGAGAUUCACGAACAAGAAUAGGAUUCAUGACCUUUGAUAGCACUAUUCAUUUCUACAAUUUACAAGAAGGAUUAUCACAGCCUCAAAUGUUGAUUGUGUCUGAUAUAGAUGAUGUUUUUCUGCCUACACCGGAUAGUUUACUUGUGAAUCUGUAUGAAAGUAAAGAGCUUAUAAAAGACUUACUGAAUGCAUUACCAAAUAUGUUCACCAAUACAAGAGAAACACACAGUGCCCUUGGUCCUGCGCUUCAGGCUGCCUUUAAAUUAAUGUCUCCAACAGGUGGCCGUGUGUCUGUAUUUCAAACACAAUUACCUUCCUUGGGUGCAGGACUUCUGCAAUCCAGAGAAGAUCCUAAUCAGAGAUCGAGUACAAAGGUGGUACAGCAUCUUGGCCCUGCAACUGAUUUUUAUAAGAAACUUGCAUUAGAUUGCUCAGGACAGCAAACUGCAGUGGAUUUGUUCCUUUUAAGUUCACAAUAUUCUGAUCUUGCUUCUCUAGCUUGUAUGUCCAAGUAUUCUGCAGGGUGCAUCUAUUAUUAUCCAUCAUUUCACUCUACUCACAAUCCUUCACAAGCAGAAAAGUUACAAAAAGACCUAAAACGGUAUCUCACAAGAAAAAUUGGAUUUGAAGCUGUUAUGAGAAUAAGGUGUACUAAAGGCCUUUCCAUGCACACUUUUCAUGGUAACUUCUUUGUCCGUUCUACUGAUUUGUUAUCCCUUGCCAACAUCAAUCCUGAUGCUGGAUUUGCGGUGCAGUUGUCAAUUGAAGAAAGUUUAACAGAUACUUCCUUAGUGUGUUUUCAAACAGCCCUGUUAUAUACAUCAAGCAAAGGUGAGCGGAGAAUUAGAGUACAUACACUUUGUUUGCCAGUGGUAAAUUCACUAGCAGAUGUAUAUGCAGGAGUGGAUGUACAAGCUGCCAUCUGCCUUCUGGCAAACAUGGCUGUGGAUCGGUCCAUUUCAUCAAGUCUAUCAGAUGCACGAGAUGCCUUAGUGAAUGCUGUAGUGGACUCGUUGUCUGCAUAUGGCUCAACUGUCUCAAAUUUACAGCACUCUGCAUUGAUGGCACCCAGCUCCCUCAAGUUGUUUCCUCUCUAUGUUUUGGCCCUUCUCAAACAGAAAGGAAAUAGAAGGGGUACACCUUCCAGGAGUUCUGUGAGCUGCUUUUUUCAACUAACUAAAAGAAGAUAGUGAUUCUUAGUGUCAGUGUUAGGGAUGGGAUCAGAACUUCCUGGGAGAGUUUUUUGGAUAUCUCAAUUCAUAUCAGAAUUUCCUGGGAUAGUUUUUUGGGUAUCUCAAUUCAUAUUCACCAGCUGAUUCGGGGCUUGGCUGGAGAUAAAUUAAAAUGCAUCCAUUAAUUUAUUAAAAGUAUUCGUACAUUAAUAUGUGUAUAUGUGUGGCAAACACUAUUUGAUAGCUAUUUGUAGAUAUGACUCUUACAUAUUCAACUUGGGAGGCUAAGAAAUGC